AUGUGGGAUUGGGUUUACAAAACUAUCACAGCAGGAGCGCACAUCAUGGCGCGGCAAGCGACGAAUUUGACGAGGCCCGGGGAGGUUUCGUCUGCAGUACCGGAUCAUCCCACUGCAUCAGCAGACACCGCGCCCGUUGAUAACGCAUCGGACAUCGCCGCCGAGCGGCAAGCGGUCGAGGCAGGUGCUACACUUUCUAAACAAGGCAUACCAGCUACAGACGUUGCGGGAGCCAUUGUACCCCCUUCCAAGUCGCAGGGCAAGAGGGAUGUUCCGGUGGGAGUGCAGGGGCUCGGCAGCCUUCCAGGUACGACACUUGAACCUCAGGACCAUGAUACCGAGCACACUGCCCAGCUGGAGGGAUUCAAGGAGGGGAACCAGCAGCGCGGAGCGGAUAUGCUCGCUGGUGCUAACGGUGUUGGGAUCAUUGAUCAGCCGAUGCCGGAUGCUCCUCCUGAUCUGAGCGUUGAGCAAACCGCUCGAGCGCAAGAGCGCCCUGUGGGUGCUGUCGAAUCGGCCGUGAGCCCCUCACCCGACGAGGAUGCUCCACUUCAAAUCAAUGAUGAGACGCGAUCUGUGGUCUCACAAUCUUCCGGACAAAAGCCUGCCCUGGUCACCAUUGGCGACAAUAAUUCCGAUGAGUGGUUGGAGUCUCUCUCGAAGGCGGACCUCGCAACCGCCUUCGCUUUGCAAUGGGAUCGGAAAGUGUUGGAGGACUUUCCGUAUGCACGACUGCAAUUGAAAUUCAUUGCGAAGGAAAUCGCGAAGCUCAAGAAUGGUGGUGAAGAUCAGGUCGAAGAUGACGACGAAGACGACGAACAAAACGACGACGAGCCUAGCGGAGAUGAUGAUGAUGAUGCGGAGGAUGAUGAUGCGGAGGAUGAUGAUGCGGAGGAUGAUGAUGCGGAGGAUGAUGAUGCGGAGGAUGAUGCGGAUGUUGAUGGGGAUGUUGAUGAGGAUGUUAAUGAGUGA